GCGGAGUUGUAAACAGUGAGGUCGGAGGGAAAUGAAAGGCAGGAAAAGUACUGACGAUAAUUAAAAUUAACAUUGGCAAUUCACAAAACUUGAUGCCAAAGGGAGCCUGGCAUCGGUAAGCCAAUUGGCACACGUGCUAAAAAUCCUUUGUUUCGGUUCAGUCCACAAGCGACUAUAAAUUCCACCUGCUACCACGUUGCUUGGGCGCUUAGCCCGCCCUCCCCUUACGAGUAAACGUUAGUAGCUCUAAUUGUGCUACAAACGUCGCAACGUGCACAGUUCCACCCUUUGCUAAUAAAAUAGUGCACUGUCUUACGUUGCAAAAAACAUAAGCAUCCUCCUCCUUUUAUUAUUCUGGAAGAUCCAACGAAGACGUUAACAAUGCAAUCGCAGGCAUUUUCCCUGGAAGAAAAUCCCGCUCCGUUCAGUGAGUCUUACUCGUAAGUAAACGUGCACAGGAUUGCAGCCCCCCAAAGUGCAAGCGGCAGGGCACCGGAAGCCAAACAUAGGAUGUUGCGCCGCCUGGCCGUCCCUCCAUCCCCGCGCCUGCUGCGUACGAGGCCGAACGGUUUCCCGUCAAGGACGGCUUUAUAAGACCGGCACGGCGGGGGAGGAGAGUCCUUUUCGAAUUGAAGCUCUUCCAUUCGACGGCCGACUAAAAAGCUGGGUGUGCCCGCCUGCUCUUCUCCAAUGGGCUCUCCUGUCCUAAACCACUCCCCUGCCCGAAGUAUUUCUGCAGGGAGAGGAGGCGGGUUGCAUUUCGGAGUUUCUGGGUCCGACUGCAAGGGACACCGAUGGAGCCGUGGCUAUCUGUUGGAGAAGGCGGCGCCGGUGGUGGUAGCGGUAGCGGCCGCCGGGCUUCCAAAGGGCCUGGAUCCCAUAGGAUCCCUUGCAGGUACCUGUAUAGAGAAUGUGCAGGAAAGGGGUCGCCGGGCUCCUCGAGCGCUGUCUUUUCCUCCGUCCCGUCGUCCAGAGGCGCGCCAGGCCCCGAGUGCGCUCGGACGGCAGCGGCGCUCCAAAGCAGAGUUUUCCCUCCGUCAUGGUUGUUGGGCUGUAUGCUUCCAUAUAGGUAGCUGGGACAGGAAGUCGGAAUUGCAGGAAAGUGAUUCAGCAGCACUGUUGUUUUGCUCGACAGCUGAGCGGCUUCUUCCCAGUGACUGGCAAACUUUGGCGACCUCGCUGCUAACGUGCAUCUUCUUCCCCCAGCAACCGAGAACUUGUAGCGCACUUGCUUGCUUUGCACCCCUCGGAGUUCCGGAGACCUUUAUCGGCACCGGGCAGUCGGGUUGGGUUUGCACCCCCGUCGGAGAGGGGGGUGGAGGAAAGAUGGGGGGGGGGACUCCUUCCCGGCCUUCCCGUAGUAGUGUUGCUGCUACUUUCAGGGCGUGGCGGUGGCUGUAGUGUGGCCCGAAACAAAGCCGUGCACAACAACAUGAUCACGCCCUGCUUUUCGGCAGCAAAAACUUCGAGAGGGUCCCCUCCCCAUUCGUCUUGUAUGUAAAAGGAUAGGGGAAAGCGCACGCGCGCGCGCCGUUACCGGGUGUAUUUGCUUUUAAGUAAACCAGGCUAAGGAGUGGUGUGUUUUGAAUGGCUGGGUUCCUUGCGGCGGGGGGCGCUCGCAACUUUUGUGCAAGGAGCUUUCCAGGGCUGGUGCCUCUUAGCCAAGGGACUGAGAAUUUCUAAUAAACUUUUUCAAACGCAGCCCCCUUGAAAGGGGCUAGAGCAAAAGUCUCCCAUAGCAAGGGCAGAGUCUGAAAUAACACUCGGAACUUCAUAGAGCAAGAUUUGCUGGCUUUACCAACUCUAGUGCUGUUUAUAUACCGGUGAAGUUUUACUGGCUUGGGUCAAUAUAUGGGAAACCUAGUUUCUCCUAAUAACUUUAAAAAGAAAUAUAUGCACCCCUAGCGGUUCUGCUGAUUUUAAAUAUAACUUGGUGUUGGGCAGUUCCUACUGAGGUGAGGGUCUACUAGGUGCAAAUCACAUGCCUCGUUUUUAGGUGGUUUAUGGUUCCCUUCUUCAGUUACCAUGCACUCUGCCUGCUCACCCACUUUAAAGCGCUUUGCCCACUUCAAAUGUCUCCACACAAAAGGGAGGGUACAUUUGCUUUGUAUACAAAAGUUCCCAGGUUCAAUUCCUGGCAUCUUCCAUUAGGGCUGGGAAGUACCCCUUUCUGAUACCCAUGGAGAGUCAUUGUAGACAAAACUUAAUCUGCCCUUUAUUCUCUUUCCCUUGCCCACCUAAAACAUUAAAGCUUAUUUUGAAAUUGGCAUCGAUCCUAUUUGUGCACAACUAUAAGCUGUAGUCUGGAACAAACUGUGGCUUGCCACAAGUGAACAGUGAGCUGGUGGUAACCCACCUGCCACACUGCUCUUUUCUGAGCUGGAGGAAAACAAACCACAGUUCUGGAUUAGUGUUGUGUGAGAACCGGUGUUCAUGGUUUGUGCUUCUUCAAACAAACUACAGGUACCGGUUCCUACCCUAAGCCAGCACUGUAGUUUGUUUCCAGUUUAGAAAAGAGUGGAAAGGGGCAAGUACCAUUUAAGCUGCUGUAGCCAGCCCUCUGCUCAUUCCUGUUGUUGUUGUUAAAAUUUCUAUACUGUACUGCCCUUCAUCUGAAGAGCACAGGGUGGUUUACCAUAUAAAGUAAGCUGUAGUUGUUUCAUACUGGCUUACGAUUGUGUGCAAUCCAAGCCCAUACAAGCUAUUUGCUUAAUGCCUUUGUUGGGUGUGAAGCUGAGAUGCUAUCCCUGUCCCGUCUUGUAGAUAUACAAAGUUAUCAUUGGAGGUUUGGUUCAUCUGAGCAAAUCUGGACACAUUGCAAAUGUGAUUGUCUGAAUAUUGUAAUGAUUUCUUCCUGACCUUGGCCAUGCAGGGAAAUUUGAAAGAAUGCUGCCUGAUUGUAGUCUGAGAAUGGAUGGGAGAUAGUAUGAUAAUGGCAGGAAAUAAUUCAACCUGCCAGGGGUGUCAAAAAGAUUUUCUGGGCCCAGGACACUGUUUGGAUUGGGCUCUAUGCUCCUCUUGUGAAAUACGACAAGUUUACAUUACAAUUUUAUGUGCUUUGUGCCACAUGCAAAUUUCUAUCAUCUUUUGCAGGGCCCAAAAAUAAGUCUGGGAUCACAAGCAAGCAGUCUUCGAAAUUAGCUAGGCGGAUUUUGCACCUGGCUGUUGAUCACUUGCAACCAAGUGAAGAUGCCUGGGUGCCAGGAUAGUGCCUGAUAUCUCCACCAUCUGGAGGUGCAUGGCUGGGGAUCACUGAAUCUGGACUGUUUUCACACACUAAUACUACACCCUGUAGAAUUCUAUCAGUUAUAUUUUAUCUGCACAGUUAGAAUGAAUUUCAAGAACCAAAAUGCUUUUUCUGUGCAGCAGGAGCAGUGAGCCACAUUUUGGUUAAUUGUUGUAGCUUGUCUUCACUUGCACCACUCCACUGUCCUGCUCACAGUUGUGAAGAAUAUCCAUAUGUUAUGAAUGGUCUAUGUCACCAUUAAGAAAAAGAGGUAGGAAUAUGCCUAUAUAGUGGUACCUCGGGUUAAGAACUUAAUUCGUUCUGGAGAUCCAUUCUUAACCUGCAACUGUUCUUAACCUGAAGUACCACUUUAGCUAAUGGGACCUCCCACUGCUGCUGCACUGCUGGAGCACGAUUUCUGUUCUCAUCCUGAAGCAAAGUUCUUAACCCGAGGUACUAUUUUUGGGUUAGCAGAGUCUGUAACCUGAAGCAUCUGUAACCUGAAGCGUCUGUAACCCGAGGUACCACUGUAUACAGGGUAGGUCAUUUAAAAGAGGCCCCAUGGAUACAAAGCACACAUGUUCCACGGGGCCUCUUUUAAAAGACUUACCGUAUUUUUGGCUCUAUAACACGCACCCGACCAUAACACGCACAUAGUUUUUAGAGGAGGAAAACAAGAAAAAAAAUAUUAUAAAUGAAACAGUGGAUGUAUGAUUUUUGUGGUUCAUGCUGUGGCCACAGACAUGUGAUCUGACGGUGAGUUUGGGGUAGCCCAAUGCAAAAAUCCUGAGAAUCCAUGUGGAUCCAUGCUUUGUAACCACGUUUUUGCAGCACUGCGGCCCCAGGCAACAGUGGGUGCGUGAUUUUUUUGGUGCAAGCUGUAGCCAUGGACAUGCUAUGUGAUCUGAUGGUGAAUUUGGGGUGACCCAGUGCAAAAAUCCUGAGGAUCCGUGCUUUGUAACCACAUUUUAAGUGGGGAGGGAAGGAAAAGCACUCAAGGGACAAGGAACACGCAUGGGGUGGGUGGAGAGAAGGAUGCUGUUAAUAAUGCAGAAGAGGUGUGUAAGAGGAGAAGGCUCCUCUCAUCUCCCGCUUUGCUCCUUUAAAGGCUCUGCUUCUCUCCCUCCUCCCUGGCUUGCUAAAAAACUUUGCUGCUAUUUAGCCAGCUGGGUGGGGAGGAGAGAGGGACAGAGAGCCUGCUUGCGAAAAAAUUUGCUGCUAUUUAGCCAGCUGUUUUCUCCCUCCUCCCCAGCUCGCUGAAAAAAACAGCUCCGGACUCGUGUAAGCGGCUCCUCUCCUCUCCCGCUUUGCUCCUUUAAAGAGGCAGGCUCUCUGUCCCUCUCUCCUCUCCACUCAGCGGCUCUUCUCCCGCUUUGCUGUUUCAAAGUGAGCCACGGAGGAGGGAAGGAAGGGGAACCAUGGAUCCUCUGCUCAGAUCCCCCCGCCACCCGUAGGCAUUUGCUCCAUAACACGCAUGGGCAUUUCCCCUUACUUUCUAGGAGGAAAAAAGUGAGUGUUAUGGAGCAAAAAAUACGGUACCCUGUAUAUAUGUGGAUUGCCCCUGGAUCAAGUGACUUUUAAGUUCUCAAUGUUCUUAACAUAGAUCAAGGUAGUUGUCUGAAUUAGCCAGAUGUUUAACUGAUAAGCACAGUCACUCUAUCAUGUGAAAAAUAAGACUUUAGAGCUAUUUUACCCCAAAGUGGCAACUAGACAUUCCAUUUUGGCAACUGUAACCUUGGUUUACCCGUUGCUCGGUCCCUGCUCCUGCCAGCUUAGCAGUUCGAAAGCAUGUCAAAGUGCAAGUAGAUAAAUAGGUACCGCUCCAGCGGGAAGGUAAACAGCGUUUCCGUGCGCUGCUCUGGUUCACCAAAAGCGGUUUAGUCAUGCUGGCCACAUGACCCGGAAGCUGUACGCCGGCUCCCUUGGCCAAUAAAGCGAGAUGAGCACCGCAACCCCAGAGUCGGGCACGACUGGACCUAAUGGUCAGGGGUCCCUUUACCUUUACCUAACCUUGGUUUAAGGAACCAUUUGGCACCACGCUUAUAUAUCUGAGUGUCUAAUGCUGUGAACAAGACACAUCUGACAGUGUGAACAGACAAUGCUUUUCCCCAUAACUGUAUUUUCAUACUAGAGAAAGCUUAACCUGUUUAAAUUCUGCCUGUCACAGUUCCUAAAGACAUAAGAACCAUGCUCUCCCCUAAUGGCAACCCAUCAGUACAUAAUACAUACUUUCUCUAUGACAAUGCCUAUCCCUCUGCAAUAUAAAUAUGCUAAAGAAAAAUUUAAUGUUUACAUACUUGGGGUAAAUUUUGUUUGAAAUUAAUCCUGAGUUAGGAAGAGAAUGAGCUCAGUCUUUGCUGCUGCCUUUUGCUUUUGUGUGGACAUGCUGUUGCCCAGUCACAGCUACACUAAAAUCCUGGAUGUUGCCAUUAUUUUCUAUAGGCGACAAUCAAUUUCUCUGCCGGUUAAGAAGACAAAACAGCUUCAAAAUGAAGCAGGAAGUUUCUUCAAAAUGGCAAUCCUUCUUCAUUACAUGAACUUCUAGAGAACUCCAUAGAGUGACCUAUCUAUCCUGCCACCUAGAAAGUUCUAAAAAUGGCUUCAGAAUAAACAUUUUUGAAGCCAUUUUGUAUCUUCCCUUUGACUUGUAUGACUAAAUUUCUCUAGUUGUCACCAUUCACAGUUCUGACUUCACUUGUUGGCUGACAAUAUUGACUGGUGGGGGAGCAAGGUCACAUAUCACACAAAGCUCUUGCUUUGAAUGGUGCCUGCAUAUUUUGCUAUCUGUCAUUUGUUCUAAGGGGCUAAGGACUUUAUCAUUUCCUUUUCAUCUCUUUGGGAAGUGUUUUGUUCAACCCCAGUCCAGAGCGGAAAGAUUUUUGCAUCUCCUAUUUGGCAUAUUGAUUUUACUGGGACAUUGGUCUCUUGGUCUCAUUUAGGAUUGAACUCUGAUUCUUACUACAAUUCUGCUUUUACUUCGUUUUCAGGAACUUUGCCCGUGGGACUUGCAGAUGGGGUCAGAACUGCCGAUUCUCCCAUGAUAGGAAGUCUACUCAGAUCUGCAGAUAUUUCCAGAAUGGGUUUUGUGAUUAUGGAGACCGCUGCAGGUAAGGGCUAGUUUUGUUUUCUUUUUGUGUUUUGUAAACAAACCCAAAACCACACUCUUCCUUCAUCCCACUUCCUGCAAAAAUCUGUUAGAUUGAAGGUACUAGAAGCUUGAUGAUUCAAUAUUUUUGGAUGCAUUAGAACUGGUUGUCCUAGUCUCAAAGUUAAGCCUUUAAGGAAAAAUAAAAUUCAGGGGAGGCUUAAUAAGCUGUGAACUGCACAAAAAUGCAGUAGGGAGAAGGAAAUUUAACUCUGUGCUUAUAUUGCCCACCUGUAAAUAUUCUGAUCACUUGGGUCCAGUGGAAAGUUUGAGGGGAGAUGUUAUUCUACCGUCUCUAGUCCUACAGACAUUGACUUGACUAGAUGUAGCAGAAGCCUUUUGGAAAAGACCAAACUAAGUCCUUGAGGAUAGCGCUAUCAGUGGCAUUAUUGUAAAUAGAUGAGAUUCAGAAACUUGGACAUAGACCUUAUGCCCUCGUUGUAAGCUUGGUGAUUUGGUAGAUCUCUGGUCUGAUACAAUAAGGCAGUAUUAUAAAAAAUGUUUUGGGAUGGGUAGUAAAAGUACAGUAAAACCACAUGGUGCAUUGGCCAAGUUGAAGAUGCUUCAUACUAAGGUACCUGCUGCAUGAUGGGUGGAGAUUGUGGAAGUGGUGACUUUGCUAGGCCAACAUUAGAAACAGGUGGAGGAGCAGAUUAUCUAGAGUGGUAAUGAAAUAGAUGGACCAGCACCCUCAUCUGGGCUUUAGUGGUUGGUUUCUGUCACUGCCAGCUGUUCAGAGAACAGGGCUCUAUCUGAACUCUUAAUGAAACACCUCCCCUGUGAUGAUUUUACAGUAGCUGUCUACUGAGUCGGUCAUGUCUCUCCUGACUGAUACCUAAGCUGUAUUAGACAAAGCUUUGGGGCUGCAAGGUGAUGGUGAUUUAUAUAGUUCCCCUAGGAACCUUAUAUUGGCUUCAUAAUGUAGAACUGGAGUGUGUAACUUCUAGCCUGCAGGCCUGAGAGGCCUCCCUUUUUGGCCUGCCUGUCCCAUUUUUGGCUAAGCCCCACUUAUCUGACUUAAUAUAUUACAUCAAGUGUGAGUCAGGUACAGAUGCGGCUGGAUAAAAAGGGUGUGCCUUGAUUUCCUUGUUGACAUCAGGUAAUUGACACAUGGGCAGCCCCACCCACCUGCCAAACCUGACCUGUGCGGGAAAUUGGGAUCUAGCCCACUAACCAGAUCCAGUUUUCCACCUCUUUGUAGGUGGAAGGGAAGAGGGCAUAGAUGGGUAAAAUGCUCACCCUUGGAUAUUGCAUUGCAGUCAUUACUGCUAGACGUUCAUAAAAUUUUUUUUUCCUCAUGUUCUUUUGAAUUCUUCAGUGCUGUGGUUCCAAAAUAAUAAAAUAAACUGCAAAUAUGUUUGCCUCAGCCCAGGGGAGGGGGAAGAAUUGCCAUCAAGAGGAGAAUUGGAAAAUAAUGUUUGGUAGAGAAUACAGUGGAACCUCGGGUUGCGGAUGUGAUCCGUGCGGGAGGUACGUUCGCAACCUGCAGCGCCACGUCUGCACACGCACGCACGUGACGCGAUUUGGCGCUUAUGCACAAAGCGUGAUUUAGUGCUUCUGCGCGAGCGCUGGAACCUGGAAGUAACCCAUUCCAGUACUUCUGGGUUUUGGUGCGUCCGUAACCUAAAAACGCGUAACCCGAAGCGUCUGUAAUCCAAGGUAUCACUGUAUUGAAAUUUUAAGUUCUCAUACUUGUGUCUUGGUGUUUAUGAGAAAAGCCUGAUUGGAACAGUGGGGAUAAGUUUGUUCAGUAUUGGAAACAAAACCCUGCAACUAUUUUGAGAGAAGAGAUAUAAGAGGUUAUGUAAUAAAAAAUGAAUUGGCGGGGUCAGAGGAGAGCCCUCUUCCCGUCCCCCCUGCUAACUGGGCAGUGAAGCACCUGCUUAAAAGGUGGCUUCUCCCUUGUAUAUGGUGUUUAUUAUCCCAGCAUGGUAUCCCUCCCAGUGUCUGCUCCACGCUGGGGAAAUGGAGUUCAGCUAUAUACCAAAUUGUGCAUAGAGUUCUAGUCAUCCUGUCUUGCUGCUUGUGGAAGGCCAGCUGCUCCCUUGAAUGUGUGUGUGUGAGGGGGAGAUGUGUGUCUUAUCUCAAAGGCAGCUAUUCCCUGUUUGAGCAAUGAGGUAAUUUUUGUUUUUCUGGGCAAGAGGAUACACUUUGUUCCUGUGCUGUGAAUGAGUUGCUCCUGUGCUGUGAAUGACACACUAUUGACAUUCAAUCUCUCAGCUACCAGCACGUCCUGGAAGCACCGCCCUUGAGCAGAUGUGGCUCAGAGGCUGCCUACCAUGGACUGCGUGGAUUAACUGUGAACCGCCGAGGCUCGGAGCCAGCCAUCUUGCCAGAAGCUUCAGUGAGGAGUUGGGGAGCGGCCCGGCGUGGCUCAGAACCAGCUGUCUCGGGCAUGGCACAGCUACAGAUGAACUUUGGGAGCAUGAGGAUGUCAUUUGAGGAGGAGGAUGAAGAUGAUGAUAAAGCCAUCCCUUCCUGGCACCCUCCAAAUUGGGCCCUCAGUAAAGAAUUUGUUCCCAGGCAGGCUGCUUCAGGUAAGCUCAUGGAGAGGCUGGUUUUUGUGGGCUUGGGCUCUUGUUGCAGCCUUUGUUGUAGCUUCUGGGGAUGGACCUUGUAGUGGGGCACAUGAGCAAAACAGUUCUAUUCUCUCGCUUCCCUAUCUCCACCCUGCUUCUCACAAUCUUUGUCAUCUGACUGCUAACUCAUAAUUCUCUGUCAAGAAGACUGUGUUAUUAAGACACACACAAUGGGAUUUUGAUUUGGCAAUGUUCUAAUGGAGUCGAAAAGGAAUUUCCGCACACAUGCCCCACAGUCUUGAGAAGUGCCUCUGCGGUCCCUAAACCAAUAUCCCAGUUACAUGGAACAUGCUUUUCUGUGAGAAACUUCUGUUUGGAGAGGGCGCCAUUUUGAAUGACUUUGUCCAGUCCCAGCCAUGGAAGGGACCCAACAUGACACGUUGGCUCAUUCUCCAGUUCCCGUGCAGCUAUAAUGAAAGGCCUCUUGUUUGUGAGGUGGGGAAAGGGAGCCAGGUCACCAUCAGUUGGUAACUCUGCAUGGAUGGAGACAGGAAGGGACUCUUCCAAUGGCAUCUUUUAAAGGCUAUUCAUUCCAGCUUUCCCCAACUGAUUCUCCUUUUCUUCCUUACAUGUUGCAUCUUUAUCUCUUUUUAGAGAAGUGUUGGGGGAGCUUGUAAGCUUGUUAUUCUAAUGUUUGCACGGGCCCUUGUAUUUUUAGACACUUGAUAGAAUAAUAGUUGGACUGGUGGCAGCAGCCUCCUAGUUAGCUGUUUCUCUGCUGCUCAGGUUCCACAUCCCAUGAAGAGAGACUUGACACCACUUCCCUGAUGCCAGAAGAAGCAUCAACCAAGGAGGCUGCUCCUGUUUCUGUGGUCUCGGAAGAGCCAAAGGUAGGUGGGAUGCCUGCAAAUGUAGAGUGAUGAGAAUAGACACUGCCAUUUCAAUAAAAACCAGUGGGAUUCUCCUGAGCUCUCUUAGACUGAGGGAUUUUGGAAUGCAGUUGGAGCAGGAAAGAAGUAUUAGGAGAUGUGAGGUGAGACAAGGAGAGGGGAGGGAUGCUUGAAACACACCCGGAUUUUUAGCAUCUGCCAACCAGGUGACCUCCUGAUGCUCUGGAUUACAACUCUUAUCAGCUCCAGCAGAUUAGUGAAGGCUGUCAUUUCAUCACCCAUAAACCUCUUUUGGUAUGAGCCUCCAAGAAACAGAUUGCACAACGACAGGAAUUUAUAACUUCAAGCUUUUGAAAUGAGAUUGAUUAAUAGGAAAUCAAGUUUAGGCAUGUGUGGUGGUGUUGCACCCAGCUGCGUGGAACCAGUGCAGAUUUUAGGUGGAUGAACUUUGGAGAAGCUGGAGUGUCGUGGAGAAGGCUUUCAGGACCUGUUUUAGAAAGUACAGUGGUACCUCUAGUUACGAACUUAAUUCGUUCCGGAAUUAACCUGAAACUGUUCUUAGCUAGAGGCGUGCUUUCACCAAUGGGGCGUCUUGCUGCUGCUGCGCCGCCGGCACACAAUUUCCGUUCUCAUUCUGGGGCAAAGUUCUCAACUCGAGGUAACUCUUCCAGGUUAGCGGAGUUUGUAACCUGAAGUGUUUGUAACUCGAGGUACCACUGUAUUCUCCAACUGUUGUGUUUCUUUCCCAGGCAGUUGGAGGUUCAGAAGCGGCAGAAGCUGCUGCUUCUGCAGAGGUGCAGAAAAGUGAGGAUGUGGUGUGCGGAAUCUGCAUGGACAAAAUCUCUCAGAAGACCUUGCCUCAGGAGCGUCUGUUUGGCAUUCUUCCUAACUGCUCCCAUGCCUACUGCGUGACCUGCAUCCGGAAGUGGAGGAAAAGCCGGGACUUUCACAAUGCGGUGAUUAAGUAAGUGCUUCAUGGCCCAAUUUGCUUGCCUUGUGCUUGUGUAAACUGCGUCUUCUGGAAGGUUGCUGUCUGAAGUGUGUAGACUGGGUAUUGGCAACCUUUGGCCGGGGAUCUCCCGCAAUUGGGGCCCCAGCUGUUUUUGGACUACAACUCCCAUCAUCCCUAGCUAGCAGGACCAGUGGUCAGGGAUUAUGGGAGUUGUUCUGCAAAAGCAGCAAGAGGCCCAAGUUUGGGAAAGCCUGCUUUGACCCAUCAGAUGCCGACAAACAACAACCAUCAUCAUUGCUGUCCAUUGGCCAUGCUUGCUGGGACGUGUAGCUUUAACCCCCUUUGUGAAGGCACUUUUUAUCAAGGAGGUUUCUGGCUCUGCUGUUCUGGACCACACCCCCAGGAAGUUGCUGUUAGGCUUCCAUGUUGCUAAGCGUUCUGAUGUUAGUGCAGUUGGGUUAGAGCGUGGUGCUAAUAAUGCAAAGGUUGCAGGUUUGAUCACCGUACAGGGCUGCUGCAUAUUCUUGCAUUGCAGGGGGUUGGACAAGAUGAACCUCAUGGUCCCUUCCAACUCUACAAUUCUUUGAUUCUAUGAUUUUGUUUAGUCAUCUAGUCGUGUCCGACUCUUCGUGACCCCAUGGACCAGAGCACGCCAGGCACUCCUGCCUUCCACUGCCUCCCGCAAUUUGGUCAAACUCAUGCUGGUAGCUUCCAGGACACUGUCCAGCCAUCUCGUCCUCUGUCAUCCCCUUCUCCUUGUGCCCUCCAUCUUUCCCAACAUCAGGGUCUUUUCCAGGGAGUCUUCUCUUCUCAUGAGGUGGCCAAAGUAUUGGAGCCUCAGCUUCACGAUCAUCCUUCCAGUGAGCACUCAGGGCUGAUUUCCUUCAGAAUGGAUAGGUUUGAUCUUCUUGCAGUCCAUGGGACUCUCAAGAGUCUCCUCCAGCACCAUAAUUCAAAAGCAUCAAUUCUUCGGCGAUCAGCCUUCUUUAUGGUCCAGCUCUCACUUGAUUCUAUGAUACGUUAGGCAUAUCAUGCAGAUUGCUUUGGGCCAGAAGCAGAGUGAUUGCCCUUCUAGGGUUUGUCUGGGUAUAUUAUAUCCUCUCUAUGUGCAUUCCUCAGGGGCUGCCCAGAGUGUAGAGUCACUUCAACUUAUUUCAUCCCCAACCAAUACUGGGUUUCUGAUUCAGAAGAGAAAGAAAAACUGAUUGAGAAUUUCAAGGCACGGACCAGGUAAGCAGCUAGGUCACUUCAGCAAAAAGGUCACUAAAUAUGUCUAAUGUUGUUGAAGCAUCUAGGUCCUUGUUCUCCAAUCUUGAAACCAUUGUCAAUAACUCCGAGAAUGCCAGGCUGCUGACUGGCUUCGUGAGAUGAAACUGAUGUUCUCACUGUGGUCAUUUGCUUAAGAGCCAAAUAGGAAUUUGACUGGCUUGAUUAAGGGUGGAAUAACUUAAUCCAUGUGCAUACACUUUGGCGUUCCCUUCAUGGUUAAGUAUGCCUUGCUGUAAUGCCCAUGAUUCUGGGUGCCCUUCAGUUGUUUUAGACUACAGCCUCCAAAGCUGUGCUGACUAGGGGUGGAGGGGGUGGAGGAACCAAGCUAAGUAAGUCUGAUCUACAAUAUUUAUUCAGAUUUCUGAAAAGACUCGUGCCUCUUGUGGCCUAAUUUCAUGAUUUUUAUUCCUCUAGCAAAAUAAGGUGCAAAUUCUUUGUCAGAAGCAAUGGUCACUGUCCCUUUAAAUCAGAGUGCAUCUACCUGCAUGAGCUGCCUGGAGGUCGGCUCCCGGCUGCAAAGCCGCAACAGAGGCCUGAACGGCGGAGACGGCGGACCGUUGUAAGUAACAAAUUCCUUGAUGCAGUCAUGAUACGGCAAGCCAUUAUAAGCUAGUCAUUGAGAGGUAUAUAUAUAUUCUGCUUCCCAAAGCCCUCCAUACUUAGGAUCCCUAUGGGAUGCAACAUGGAAAUGCACACACUCUGCCUAGAGAGACAACUGCCUUGGUAGUUGCUGGUCCAGCCCUAGGCAUUGCUGUUCAUCAAGCUUUGUUUUCUGGGGGUUGAAGAUGACAGCAGCAGGCUAAGUCGGUGGUUCUCAACUGGCAUACUUGGGGCUACUGCCCCUGUUCACAUUGCUUCCCAACCCCCAACUUCCUUCCCCUAUGCCAUGGUAUCCCUCUUGACUAGGGUUUCCCAAACGUGAGUCUCCAGCUGUUUUGGAACUACAACUCCCACCAUCCGUUCAAUAAGCCCCGUGUAAUCCUUUCUCCUCCCAGUUCCACCAGCCCUCUCAGAUGCCACACAUAUGUCUCUCCCGCCUGUCGACGCAUACAUCUCAUACAAAGUGACAGCUCUUUGCCUCCCCCCAGUCCCCUUCAAGAGCUCCCUUUUAAUCCUGCUGUGCCCCCUUCCCACUUCCACCAGGCCUGUUUUAGCAACAACACAAAUUAUGGGGGCUCACAGCGUAUCCGCAGCCUUGACUCAAACCAGGUUUGCUGCAGCUGCUGCCCUUCCUUCCCUCUCCUUCCUUCAUGCUUGUUCCCCAGAGUGCCGCCAUUGGCGCAGGUUGGUGGUGGCAUUCACGAAGGAGAUAAAGACUUUCUCCCCUUCAUUCUCCUCUCUGCUGCCAGUGGUGGUAGCAUGGGAACGCCUGGCUGGCUGCUUCCCCCACCUAUUCAUUCAGGGCUCCUCAGGCAUUGCCUUGCAAUGUUGUGUGUGUGCAUGUGCACUCAAUUGCCAGCAUGACAGCGGAUAAGUACAAAUUUAGUAUAUAGAGACAUGAUUCCUUUAGCUUUUCUAGUGAAAUGUGUCUAUGCAUUCCCUGUUCCGUGACAGAUCAGUGGUGUGAUUUCAUCCAAAAGCCUUCUUUCUUGUGUCCUAUAUUGCAGGCCUUUAACCCAUCUCCGUCUGACAGCUCGGAUGAAGAUGAUGACGAUAUGUACUUCAUCCAGUGGGCUUUGACUGUUGCACUGUUGCAGAGGGAGAGGGACUUUGACUAUUCAGACUUUCUCAUUUGGGAUUCGAGUGAUUCUUCCGACUAGAUGAUGACGGUGAUGACGACAUCAUUGGAGGCUGCGGGAACAAUCUUACUGACAUGUGAAGCUGUGGCUUGGGGAGAAUGGGUGGGGAAAGAAGGGAUCUUGAUCAGUUGAAUGGUUGUCUGGGGGGGCUUCUUAGUUGUCUGGCGGGUCUUCAUUGCAUUUUGCCUGGAAUCCGUAAGCUGGGAGAACAUAGUGCAAGGACCUGUUUUAUGUUGGGAAGGCCUCCUGAUUCCACAGGGCAAGAUAAUGGCUGUCACCACUGUUGGCAUACGGUAUCUUAACACGUCACCCAAGUGCACUGCCAUUCUCCUAUCCCUUGCUUGGCUAUAUCUUCACGUUCCUUUUCCCCGCCCUCAACAUUUUAUCACAUCCUGGGCUUCCCAGCAUUGGGAUCCAUGAAGACCCUCCCAGCUGUAUCUCUUCUAGGAGGGUGCCAGGUUCUGCUAGUGCUCAGGAAGUCUGUGUAUACUGGAGACACUGAGUUUUCAGGUGUGUUCAUGGUGCUGCUAGUUGUUUCCUCAGGAAGGCAGGCUUGCUGAGCAGUGCUAUUAUCUGCAGCAGGCAGCACCUGCAUCUUGCUUUUUGUCUAGCAGUGCUAUCGGGUAUCUAUCGUAGGCUUACGGAGGAGGGGUGUAACAUAGGGUAGUGUGAACUAAAUCUUGAAUUUUUAUUGAUGCAGUGAUCAAUUUAGUAUUGGAGGCUUAGAACUCGGUGAUUUAAACCCUUAGGAUCUGGGAUCAGUAAGCCCCCUGAAUGUAUUUUUAAUCCUAGAAGGAUCGGGAGAGAGUAUCAAAUAAAAUGAGCUUUAAAAAUGUAGCCAUGCAAAGUCUCUUUUUCUACCCCUCUGUUAACUUUUUCCUGUUAACUUGUUAAAACGUGUUGUAGUGUAUGAACACAAAUAUAUUCAGUUUUUUUCUAUCUUC